CUGAUUCUGGAUCUAUCUCGUACGUGGAUUUAAUGCGAAUAUGUGAGAUGUAGGCGAGACGGAUGAUCGUCUGCUAGUGGGAGUAAAUGCUCAAGGAAUUUUAGACAGGUUCGGGUCGCGCGGAGCGUAAUACCCUACUUCUGUGUGUAUGCUAUUAAUGCUCUUGGAAUGUCUCUAUCUAGAUCUCUGUGUUACAAGAUUUUUUUAUCUAAGUCUAGAGCUUCGGUCUUCAAGUACCGAUCUCUCUGACCUUCAACCGUGUGCUAGAACUUCUUCGACCUGUUCGACCUGUUGCCGUAUCCUGUUGGGGGAGGCUCGGCGUGCCCAGAAACGGGGGCACGAGUUUUCAUGUGACAUAAAUGGAAAGCAACCAUCAUGGGGCUGCAGUUUGAUGUUACAGGGGUUGAAAAGUUGCCUUUGGCCGGUCCUGUCGCUCAUUACGCCCAACUUUAGCAGGUGCAGGGGGGCCCACCAGACAGCCAUCGAACAACCCCGCAUGCUCGCUCAGUCAGAGCAGGUCUGACACAGCAGGGGGGCAGGCGAUACGCCUCGAGCCCAGCGACGAUAUCUCCAAGCCGUUUUCUUUACGGGCUCCGCAGGGUGACGCGCGAUGGGACCCGUCGUAUUAAAUAUCCCCAUGCCUUCCUACUAGGCGGUGGCAGGGCCUGACGUACUCAGUACGACAGGCGUGGGGGGUGAUUGGAAGCGACAGGCCACGCUCCCUCUUAAAUGCAGUAUCGGGUCUCUCACCAAUUGACACCUCACCGUUGAGCCCUUGUGGGGUCCAUCGGCAAGGGGCUUCUCAGGUCCUCGGGGAACUCUGGGUGCUCGGGGACUACUGUUCAUAGCCCCGAGCGCCCUCUCUCGGAUAUGUCUCUUCUCGGGUCCUCGGGGAACUUUGGGUACUCGGGGACCACUGUUCAUGGCCCCGAGCACCCCUCCUGGAACUGGCUCUUUUCGGCCCUCGGGGAGAUAGUCCCCGAGGGAAGAUGCCACGUGGCAGUUUGUUGUCCUGGCCUCGGGACUCGGGGACCCCUAGUUCCCAUGUCACCGACAAGGGCCCUCCUGUCGGAGCCCUUGUCCUUUGUCAUGACCAAUUCAGCUAGUAUCGAACUCAGUGUGGAAGGCACUCUGGAGGCCCCAACUGCUCUGGUGGUUCAGGCAAGGGCCCCUCGCCGAGGGCUUGCUAGACUCCGUUCUGGCUAGGGUUUUUGGUACGACUCAAUCCUUGUCACUGGGGUAUUGUACCAUUGGUGGCAGAGUAGGAGGAGGUAGAGCAAGCCGAGGGGGGCUCGGUAAGGCCCGUUCUGGUUUUGUGACCCAUCCGGAAGGCUAUAAGGCUUUGGCAAUUCUCGAUAUUAUAGCCACGCCUAGCUCCAUAUAGGAUGCACCAGUACCCUUCCUGUGGUACCGGAGCAUGUUGUCGACGUCAAAGGCGUUGGCAGGAUCUGCGCGUACUAGAGCCUAUGGUCUCUUCGGAGCUCCCUUCCAUCAAGGGAGGUAGAGGAGGCUGCCCGGUAGCCAGAUUCUUAGAAGAUACCAGCUCGACAAAGGUGUCCUGGGUGCCAUCACAGGAGGCUCCGCGAGGGUGGGUCCAGGCAUGAGUGCCCCUGAGCUCGAGCAUCCAGAACCACUGAAGGGCGGCCUGCAUGGCUGCGGCCUCGGUCUUAACCCCUUGGGGUGCUGCGAAGUACUCGCUACGCCAUUGUUGGAAGGCCUCCGCAUCGGUCGGGAUCUCCGUGCCAGCCCGAGCCAGGGCCACUGUCAGGUCAGCGGUGGCCAGAGGGUUGUCAUUCCAUCUGGUGGUGGAACUGGUGGGUGUACAUAGCUUGCAUGGUUGUGAUGGUCAUGUGGACCCUCACACAGGCGUGGCGGGGAAGUUAGUCACCUGUGGUGCAGCCUUGGUGGUUUUUUUUGGUGGCAUCCUACCUCUCUUUCUAUUUCUAUAUUUGAGUCCCCACGGAUGACGCGUUAUUGGUGAAAGAAAAGGUCUUUCACCAACAAGUGCGCAUGAGAGACUCUUCUAGAGAGGAGACUCAAGCUUAGAGAAGAAGUGGAGAGGAAGGAAAACUCAUGUGUUUUUUACCAAAAGAUUGAUCCCCCAGGCUUAAUGGCUAUGGGUCAGUAUAGUGUUAUAUAGGGUGUAAAUAUACAAGUAUACCCCUUACGAAGAUAGUGAACACAUGUUAUCACUAUAUCACAGAGACUUAGACCAGUUGAAUCACACAGCCUGUGUCUAGGUAGAAUACUUUUACCCCCAUCCAAAGAUAUCAUCUACCAUGGCAAAUAUAGUUGUGUGAACUAGCCUAAAGAGUGGGGCUUGACCGGUCGUAAAUUGCGACGUCGCACUAUCCUGGGUGUCAGAAUGACCUCCAUUUGCAUUGGGAUGUCAAGGCAGCCACCACUUGCACAGCAUUAACUGCCGAUCACUUCGUAUCAGACCAAUUGCAGUUGGUGUUUCUUCUUGCAGAUAUUCCCUGCGGAGGCCAAUUACUUCUCCUGUCUCGAGAGGCGGUGGCCGGAGGGGUCCACGGGCUCUGAAAACUUUUAGCUUCUUCAGAAAGUCCGAAGGCUAAAGGCUCCAGAUAAGCUUUUUAUGAUGUCUCCUUAGUAAUGUCUAUGGGCUGAAAUAUUUCCUCCAACAAGGAAAGAACAAUAGGAUUACAGGAGCCGGUAGCACUGGUGAGUGAUGGCGCCAAGUCAAGCGUUAUUGAGAAUCCACCUUGUUUUUCCUCAAGCUUUGUGCAAGUGGAAUCGUGGAGAGGGGCAAAAAGUAUGCCAAUUGAUAGAUCAUUUUUUCUUUCAAUGUUCCCAAGAAUCAGAAUCUAUUUUUUGUGCAUGUGGAAUCUUGAAAAGAGAUCAACAGUGGCAUCUCAUCACAGUAUCAGAAGUGUAAAAUCAUGUUUCAUGGCUUCCUUUUGACUUGGAAGAUUUACCAUGGCAAAAUGGUUUAUUUACAGGUUUAGAGUCACUUGAAACAUUUUAACGUUUUCUAUCUUCCAAAGGACUUAUUUUUCCAAAUUUCAUUAUCCCAGUGAUGAUGACACAACUUGCAUGAUAAAAUGCUGCCGCAUUAACCCUACCAUCAAAGUUUUUUAAAAGUAAUGCAGCAUCAAGAGUUGAGGCCAUACAUCUGCUCACUAGCCUUAGGACAACAAAUAGCUGUAGGUGGUUAAGCAUGUGCAUAAUGUCUGAAUUCUGAAAUAUCUGUACCACAGAUUCACUGAAUAUUUUGUGUCAUAUCUUUCUUCCCUUCUCACAUUUCUAGGAACCUUCCGAUUGUUGUUUCCAUGAUGGAUUUUGAUUGCUGUACGAAGUCAUAGCCAUCAGGUGCUUUUAGCUUAAUCUAUAUUAACCCACAUAGUUGAGAAGAAUAUUACUACGAUCUUCUCAAAGAAUAUCUAUUUUUGAUGAAGAUCAGGAUCGACCUGGCUUGAGCUUCACCAUGUUCUCAUGAAAUGUGGCACUUGCUUUUGGUGAAGAAAUCAUUGCCUGUCAAGCUUUUGGAUACAGAUUUUGAGAAGUUUCUUAGUUAUUGCUUGCCGACAGUAGCACAUAUUGACCACCUAAGUCAAACUCAUAUGUGUGAUCACAUUUAUUUGCUAUAUAGAGGAAUGGAAUGGGAUGAGAGGAUUCCACAAUGUUAAUAGAAACUUCUAUAGCCCUUCUUUUUCUUGUAAACAUAAAAGAUUUAGGAUUGCAACCUUGCAUCAACAGCUAUGCCUCACUUGUAAAAUCAUCUGUUAGGCUCAAUUCUGUGAAAGAAGAGCGGGAAGAGCAUCUAGUGAUCUUGUGAGAUCUUUAGGAUCUUCUGCCGAGGGAAUAUCUUUUUGGGGAAAAAAAAGAGAGCUUCAAAACCUGAUUGCACAACAAAGUGUAAAUGAAUGGGCAGUGAGAAAAUUGUGUUCCACACCAAGCAAGGACCAUGGAAGCAUCCAUCCAUCACCCAUGCAGCCAUGCUUAUCGCAAAUUCUGCCUUUGCUUGCAGACUCUACAGUCCACACCACAUAACAGUAAAGCUAAGAUGCAACCACCAACUGCUAUUGAAGCCUUUUUUAUCAAGAAUUGUGCUCCCUUUUGUCUUCUCAAUUAUUAGCCUAAAGCAUAUUCUGAUGGUGGUAACCAUAAUUCCACAGCCAUUCUUGUCUUGCAAUGCAUGCCACGUUGUCAUGACAGGCAAAUUGCAGAGACAAACAAAAACCUUUGUGUUUGCCUUGUUCAAUAUUGACAUGUUCUACACUACACUCAAUUGGUAGGCUCCUCAGUAGAUUUGCUAAAGAGAGAAGCUGGGUCCUUGGGUGAGGAUAAUGGCACUACUUCACUACGUUUUGUUGGAUUGGACUGGACCGAGUUUAAUAUUAUCUUUCCUUAGUCCGUAAGUCUUUGGUUUAUUCGAUGUAGCAAUGGUUGCGCAGUAUGGUGUUAUAAGAUGAGUUUAUGUUGACUGUUAAAACAAUUUUCUGAUGCAAUGGUCAUUUGAAAAAAAAUGUUCUUAAAAUUCAAAGAAUAUAUGGUCUUUGCCUCCUCAGUAUCCCCCUUGAUUUGAUAUAGAAACAUAUGAUAGAGGAAAAUAUGGAACAUUGUGACUCUCUAAAAGUAUAUGGUUCAGAUGCUUCCAGUGCAUACGCAUAUUCUGGUAGAAACUUUUAUUGUGUAGACUGUUGUGUGUUAAUCUUGACUUCUUAAUUAGCUCACCUCAAACUCAGUUACUCAAUUGAAGGUAUCACCUUUUUGUUGAUCCUUUCAGUCAGAGAAGGUGUCUAGGCAUUGCAUCUUAGGACUUGGUGUUGUAGUUUCUAACACAAAAUAGAUAGGCCGACCCGUCGUACUGUUGAACACUUUAUCAUUUCUACUUCAGCUCCUGACACAAAGACCUAUUCAAUAGAAUCCGAACCAAUUUCAGGUGCACUUGCGGUUGCACUGAUUGUACCACUAGAAUGCAUAGCACAUGAGCAGAAAUGGUCAGUAGGCAUACCACAAUUGUUUCUCAAAGUGAAUCCACCAUAAGUUCCAUAAUUUUCAGGGUCACACUGACAUGAUUACGCAACUUCUAGGAGGCAUUCUAAUACAAAAUAUAUGUUAAAAAUAACAACAUAUAUUCCAUAGAGACCAUAAAUCAAUGUAUAUAUAUACAGAAGAGCAAUAUGAAAAAAAAAAAAAACUAGCACGGAGAUAUUACACAUGUACAAUAUAUAACAAUCCCGAUAGUUGACACCGUAAAAAAAUCACCUAGCACCGAGGAAUUAAAACGGUAUCCGACAACAUACUAAAAAAGUGGCAACAGCAAGAGAGCGAAGGAGUAGCCACAAGCGAGAGCGCAAAGAAGAGCGGUAGCAGCUACAAAUUUUUUUAGUCGACGCGUUACUCUGCUAUUACGGCGGAGGCAAGGAAGUCAGCGGCAGGGCAAUGCCGGCGGCGAAGACAGGGGAGCCAGCAGCGGAGAGGAGCAUCAGCGGAGCGAUCUAGCGGCCUGCGUAGGCGCGCACCGGCAGGCGGAGACAGUGGACAGCCACGGGGCCGACGGGCCGACGGCAUACAACCGCUACAAAUCAGGCGUCAACGUGAAGCAGAUGGAUCCAACAGGCGGAGCGGGUGGGGAAGUCGGCCGGUUAGUAGAGAAAGCGGCCGACAGGAUGGACGGGCUAGAAGCAAAGAGAGACGGCGGGUUGACAAGUUAACACGAAAAUCUAGCUGUAAUAUCAUAUCAAAAAUAAUAACUUGUAUUCUAUAGAGAUGUUAGUCUGUGUGUGUGUAUGUAUAUGAACUUUUUAUAGUAUCAGGAUUUUACACCAUCAUAAUAUAUAACAAUAACUAUCUCUAACAACAUCGAUGCGCUUGCCAUGUUUUUUUAAAAGAAAAAAGAAAAAGAAAAAUAGAGCCAGCUUACAAGAUUUCUAGGCUAAGAACAAAGUACUUGGCUUGCUAUCAAGUACCCAGAGUCGGUACACUUGAGCUGUAAUACAUGUUAUCGCUGUGUUUUUGGCACAGUUUGUGGCUGCAGAUUUGAAGAUCAGCUACUUGGCGCCAAACAAGUUAGACAAGUUGGCUACCAACCAAGCACCAUGUUGCUGAAGGCAUCCAAAUGGAAUCCAUUGCCCUCUGGAGGCAUCCAAAUUCCAAAAUGAAUACCAUCAAGUCAAGGAUCAGGAUCAUAAGAGCAGAGGGACCCAAAGCAACAGAGGGAAAGAAAAAGAAAGGGGGGUAAACAGAAGGCAGACGCCAUAUCUUUUCUGACAAUCAGCUGCCCCCACCCACAACGCACACAGCAGUAUCAAAUCUCAUAUGCCCCCUUGCAAAAGCAGCAUGUGUCUGCCUGCAUUGCAUCUCCACCACCAAUAGGGGAUCUGUGUCUUCCCUUCACCAUUAUAUGACCCCUCUUGCAUUGGCCAUUGCACAUCUCUUCUUCUACUACUACUUCUCCUGCCUUUCAUGGCCUACCUUCCCCUCAACCACAUAUAAAACUCUCUCACCCCCUUCUUCCCCUCUCAUUGUGGCCUCUUGAGCCUCCUCUCAAGUCUUUGUACAUAGAUUCUUGUAUAGAUCUCGCAUAUCGAUCCGUUCUUGUGCUGCUCAUUGCAAGAACCUGAUUGUUCUAUUGGCGUCCAAAUGGAUCCCGUUAGGAUAGAGAAGAUCAGGGCCGUGAACAAGUACGGCAGGAGCAGGAGACAGCAGCAGCAGCAGCUGCUUCCUACUCUCACAAUCUACAUGGUGGCCACCUUUGUCCUUUGCUUGCUGCUCACUAGCCCUGUCUGGUUCCCUAGGCUGUGCUCACUCCUCAGCUUCUUCUUCCUCACCACCCUCCCUGACCUGGCCACAGCCUUCCUGCUCAGCCCCAAGUGUCUCUUCGUCGUUGGCAACCUCAUCGUCGCCUUCCUGGUCAGCGAGUCUAGGCUGGCGCUGAGGACGGAUCAUUCCUCGGUGAGCGAGAUACACGAGGAGCGCGUGAAGAGGAACGAGGCGACGAUCGCAAAGGCGACCACCGCAGCGGUGGUGACUACUGAUCACAGUGCAUUUGUUGGAGCAGUGGAGGAGGGGGAGGAAGUGAAGGAAGAAGAAGGAGAAGAAGAAGAGCUGCACAAGAGAGUGGAGGACUUCAUUGCAAGGGUCAAGAAGGAAAGGAAGCUGGAGGCCAAGAGCUUCUUUGAUUCUGAUCGAUAACUAUAUGUGAGCAAAGCAUAUUAUUAGUUGAUUUCCUUGGAAUUGGAAGAUGCAAAGCAAUAUUGCAUCCAAAAGGAUUUGUAGUGCUUUGUGCUGCUAGCCUUAAUCCUGUAUUCUUAGAGUCAGAGAUAAUUAAGGAGAAGAAGAACCAUUCUACUGUAGGAGGUUGGCAUGCAUCAUACAUGCAAUCGCAGUGUAACUGUAGUUUAACCAUGCCCAAGUAUUAGGAAGAGAAAAAGGAGAAACAAGGAAUGUGUGUGACCUUUAAUAAAGUAAAAGGAAAAAAAGUGAUGCAUGGUGUGUUUCUCUUA